CGUCAACCCUUUGGUCUUCCUCGGUCUAUCUCGUAUUUCUUGCAAGUAACAAAAUGCACAUACUACUUCUGCGUUUCCCUGCUUUAGUCCUCCUGUUUGGGGCCACCAGGGUCUUGAGUAGUGGCCCUGGAGUAGGGAAGUUUUACAGCCGUGCUCAAGAUGGUCCCCAACUACAGUCAGAAGAAGGUCCUCCGCAGCUUCAGCCAUGGUCCUCAAGUACACUAGACAAGGUGGAUUCACCAACUCCAGUGUCCGCUACUUCUUCGACGCCUUGUUCUGACGGACAGCUCCUAUUCUCAUACACAGGAGCAGGUUCCUCCACACGACCAGCUAGCUGCACGAUUGUUCCGACCGGAGCGACUAAAAAUGAUCCGAGUCGUGGUCUCUUUUCUUCACCUGCUCCUAUUCCAGAUGACGUCCCCUUUCCGCCAUUUGCACGACUAGAGAAAAAAGAUCCUCCUCGUGCUGCUGUGCCCGAUUACCUCCGUUUUCAGCGUUAUAUGAAGGAGAUUCGAGAUCUUCUCAUGAAGUGGAAACCUGAUGGCGAGCAGUGUGUGGUGUGUCACUGUAUGACAGUGCACCAAAUUCAGCGUUGUCGGCAUCGCAUACACCCAGAUUGUGCGAAGGAAUGGACAGCUUGUGAGAGGGAAAAAAUAAGACGAAAAUUAUUGGCGCAACCUGCGCUGCUGGCGUCGCUUUUAUGAGUAGGAUCUUUGUUGUUCUAUCCAUAGAAAUAUUUAUGGCUGGCGCAUUGCAACAAGUAAUCAGAAGUCUUUAUUCAGUCAAUGAACGCUUGUAAUUACUACAUGUAGAACAACAAUCACUGAACAGGAACAAGAACUUCUACGUAGAAGUAGGCCUCUUUCUAACCUUCGAAGAGCAGGAAUUUGAGCAACACAUAGACAGAAUUUUGGAUGAGAUGGGCAGGGAGCUUUUGGCGGAUUCGCAAGAAUUGCGCGAGAAGUACGAAAAGAAUCAGAUAGGCAAGGAGGAACUCAAGGACCUUGCCCUAAAAGGAAAAUGCCCUGUGUGCCGUAGGCCGUAUGAUAUUCAGGAUGUGAAGUGUACAGCAAGGGCAUCGUUCAACAAGGGCCGGAGCACAAGAGCAGAAGAAAGGGACGGUGGCUUGACGAACGACUACGAACAAGCCAUGAAAAAUUGGGACAGGUAUCGCUCAGAUAUGGUAUCGAAAUGCGUGAAGGCGAUGCGCUGCAUGCCAAGAACGACAGAAUCCGAGAGCAGUCUCAUUGAUGCUGCUUUAGUGUGGUUGCUGGGUAGUAAUUCCCGUGCGAGGUGCAAAGUUCUCCGAUGCAUGACAGUUAAGGCAUUACAGGAAGUUGUAGAUGGAUUACUUCUACACUUGAGAUCAAGACUAAACAGAAGAAGAAACUGUCGUUUACAAAGGAAGGCGAUCUGCUUCUACCAUUUUUAUAGUACUAUAAGAGCAUGGAGGACAACUUCAUCUUUGUAAUCAUAAGAGUACUAUAGUCUAGUAGUGCUACUAAGACUAGUUUAGUAGUACUAAUACACUCACAGUAGUAAACCAGUACUAGUCACUUACAGUAGUAAACCAGUACUAGUUGUACUGUAGAAUCUUUACUUUUCUAACGAUCGCAGCAAUGGCAAGCAGGAAUUCACUCGCUGGAAGAAUCGGAGGUUAUUUGUGGAGACUUUCAUUGUGAUGCUUAUUGGCGCCAGCUGGUUGCUAAGACAGGUCGAGCAGCAUACUUAUGGGCCAGUGGAUGUCGCAGUGUUUUUUACUUCGAUGUUCGUGAUGAUAGUCAACUCUGUUUGUGAUUGGGAGGCGAUAGCGCUCCACUUGGUGCAGAAUUGUUUAAAGGCAGAAAUUGAAGACCGUGCGGUGAGGUUUACGGAAGGCGGAGGCAGAUGGCAUCUUCACGAUUCUACUAGUCAGGUUUGUCCUCGUAAAGAUCCCUGUCGAUGUCGUCCCUGCAGCAAGACUACGGAGACUUCUUCAACGGAGGACAAUAGAACUCGUACAGCAGGGUCUUUAGUACAAGACUCGACAAGUUCUCCGCCACAAGACAGUACUACGUCUCCACUAGGAGUAGCAGAGGUUAACGCCAAGGCCAAGGCGUCUCAUACUGGAGAAUCACUAUCGUUUUUGAGACGGCGCAGGGGAUCGAAGGCUUCUCCUACGUCGCUAGAGCUGAGUCGUGCUGACGGUGGACAAGUUGUAUUUGCUGAUGAACCCGCAGAGAACUCUCUAGAAGGUGAGCCCGCAGACUCUCCAGACGUGAAAGAAGGAAAAGAAGUGCUAGAGUCCCCAUGUACAACUACAACUUCUGUGUUAGACCAGAAGAUUUUCGAUGACCUGCUUCUCAACGACGUCUUUCCCUCAGCUCUCGCGUUAAAGGAAUUGGCCAAGAGCUCUGCGGCAUCUAGUUCCACCCUACCUUUCCCUGUUGUAGCUGUCGAUUUGCAAAGCUCCUCUCUGCAACAGGCAGGGUACCGGGACCUGGUAAAGAAACUUGGUUACCUGGCAAAGAUACCGGGUAAUGGGUUACUAAGCGAGGAGCUGUCUUCUUUUGAUGUCUCACAAAACUUCAACGAAGCCUAUUGGGAACACAUGAAAGCUUUAGGGGUUAAAAUCAAUUUGGAUUCGUUGGAAAUGAUGCUUCAUGAGGCAGAUGCUGAAGCCUUACAGGAUCUAUACACUUAAGUUAGUAUGCAUACUUACAUAUGCAGCAAAAUCUGAUGGCGGAU